AUGUUGAAAAACCGCUAUAUACUUGACCAAGCGCCCCUUCAGGUUUAUUGUGCAGGCCUUAUAUUUGCACCCCAAGCGGCAAUAAUCCGCACACAGUUCCAGGAAGAGCUUCCUACUUGGAUAUGCCAAUUACCGAAAGUUGAGAAACAAUGGGGUGCGCUUAUCCAGAUUCUCGAAGGACACUCGGAUUGGAUCCAAUCGAUCGCCUUCUCACCUGACGGUCGGCUAUUAGCGUCGGGCUCCCACGACAAGACAGUGCGACUCUGGGACCCAGUGACAGGCAUGCUCAUCCUGACACUUAAAGGCCAUUUGGACAGGGUCAACUCAGUAGCCUUUUCGCCUGAUAGUCAGCUAUUAGCGUCAGGCUCUGUUGACUCGACAGUACGACUCUGGGAUUCGGUGACGGGCGCGCUCAUCCACACGCUUGAACGUCAUUCACACUCACAUUCACAUUCGAUUAUUUCGGUAGCCUUCUCGUUUAGCGGGAUACUGGCGGCAGCCUCCUACGACACAGUGCAGCUCUGGGAUUCCACGACAGGCGCAUACAUCCACUCGCUUGACGGCCAUUUGGACAGGGUCAACUCAGUAGCCUUCUCGCAUGAUGGUCAGCUAUUAGCGUCUGGCUCUGUUGACUCGACAGUACGGCUCUGGGAUUCGGUGACGGGCGCGCUUAUCCGCACGCUUGAAUGUCAUUCACAUUCACAUUCACAUUCGGUUAAUUCAGUAGCCUUCUCGCAUAGCGGGAUACUGGCUACAGCCUCCUACGAGACAGUACAGCUCUGGGAUUCCACGACAGGCACAUGCAUUUACACGCUUGAAGGCCAUUCGGACUCGGUCAACUCAGUAGCCUUCUCGCAUGAUAGUCAGCUUUUAGCAUCUGGCUCUGUUGACUCGACAGUACGUAUCUGGAACUCGUUGACAGGCGAGCUCACUCAGGCGCUUGAAGUCAAUUCAAGUUGGGUCUACUCAGUGGCAUUCUCCCCUAUAGGUCUACUGGCAUCGAGCUCUAAUGAUAGCACAGUGUGGCUUUGGGACCCGGCGACAUACGCGCUCACUCAGAUGCUCAAGGGUCACUCAGAUAGGGCUGAAUUGAUAGAAUUCUCACCUGAUGGUCGGCUAUUAGCAUCGGGCUCCCACGACAAGACAGUGCGACUCUGGGAUCCAGUGACAGGCAUGCUCAUCCUGACACUUAAAGGCCAUUCGGACUGGGUCAACUUAGUAGCCUUCUCGCCUGAUAGUCAGCUAUUAGCGUCUGGCUCUGUUGACUCGACAGUGCGGCUCUGGGAUCUGGCGACAGGCGCGCUCAUCCACACGCUGGAAGCCGGAUCAUCUGGAACUCACUCAUUGGUCUUCUCGCCUGACGGGUUACUGUCAUCGGAUUUUGACGAGACAGUGCGGCUCUGGAACCCGGUGACAGGCGCGGUCAUGAGAACUCUCAAAGCUAAAGAACCAGUCUCCGAGCUGACAUUUUACCAUGAUAGACACCUUUGCAGUGUUCUGGAUAUAGAAUGCAGGUGUAGCAUUUCUACAUUUCAUACGAGUCCAGCAAACCUAAGUAUAUGUGUUGAUGAUGAAUGGAUAACAUUGAAUGAUGAAAGGGUACUUUGGCUUCCGGUUGAGUUUCGGCCCUACUGUGUCGCAGUCAAUGGCAAUAUACUUGCUCUCGGACACAAAUCGGGACGGGUUUCCUUUCUUCGGUUUCGUGUAUAG